UAAUAAUAAUAAAAAAAAACAGCAAGAGCUUGGUUCCUUGUUCUUCCUUUAUUAACCUUAAUGGACUCAGAAAACAGGGUUUCGGGUCGCCUUUCAAUUCUCUCCUCCUCUUUCAUAGCCUCACUCUUUCAACUUCCAGAAAGAUAAUUUCUUUCUGGUGUUAAUUGAAUCUCUAAUUUCUCUGCAAUCGUUGAUUUAGAGCAGUCAUUAGUUAAACGCAAACAGGAGUUAGAGAGCGUUCGAAAGUUUCGAUCUUUUUUUCAGAAACAAGAAAUAAAACAUGGGUUCUGAGCAAAACGAUGGCACAAGCUUCCCACCAGCAGAGCCAAAGCUUUGUGUUAAUGGGUGUGGAUUUUUUGGUACGGCUGCAAACAUGAACCUUUGCUCCAAGUGUUACCGUGACCUUCGUGCCGAAGAAGAGCAAGCUGCCUCUGCCAAGGCUGCCAUGGAAAAGACACUGAAUAUCAAUCCAAAACAAAAUAUUGAUUCUAAGGUUGUUGUCGAUGCCCCUCAAGUUGUGGUGGCUAAUUCCGUGCAGUCAGUUGUGUCUGCUGAAGCUUCUUCGUCAGCAGAAACUGUUGUUGCUGGUGGUGAUCAGGUGCCAUCAAAGCCGGCAAAUAGGUGCUUUAGCUGCAGUAAGAAGGUUGGUUUGACAGGAUUCCAGUGCAAGUGCGGUGGCACUUACUGCGGGACUCAUAGGUACGCAGAGAAUCACGAGUGCCUCUUUGAUUUCAAAGGUGCUGGCCGUGAUGCAAUCGCGAAGGCAAAUCCUGUGAUUAAGGCUAAUAAGGUGGAGAGGUUCUGAUCCGGAUCCUGAUCCUUAAUGGGUUGGUGAAUUUGGUAUUGCUCUUUAUUUGGGUCCAGUGUUUUUUCAGGGUUUGGGUUUUAAUUAGGAAUUUAGUGUUAGCUGGUUUAUAAUGGUUGCUUCUUAUACUGGUUUGGUUGAGUGUUUUAUGGGGGGUGGUUGGGACUAGGAGGAGAGCACCAAGUGAAUGUAUUCGAGGGCUGUGGAUGGUUGAUUCCCUAAUAAAGUGGAUCAAUGUUGCAAUUUACUCUGAGUGGCUUUCCUCUUUUGGUACUCAUAAAAGUCUUUACCACAUCAAGGUGUAUCUCUACUCAUCUGGCUAUUUAAUAUUUGCAUGCCUUUUAUUUUA